AUGUGCUUUGAUCUUACAGAGGAACAGCACUCCUUUGUGGUCGGUCCUCAAGACUUGGUCACUCUGUCCUGCGGAGAUGUAUCUCAGACUAGCUGCUCCAAGACCAUAUGGACCCACCACACACGUGCCAUCCAAUCAAAUGACGACAGGGUUGACCAGACUGCACCAACUACAAACUGCGUCAAAGACUAUGUGAAGGGCAUAGUAGGACCUAAUCCCUUCACAGAAGAAUCACAGUUUGGCCAACAACAAACACAGGAUGUCUUCAAGGUUCUGGUCCAGUCUGGCUCAGUUUACCCUGGUCCAAUGUACCACAGACUAAACCUGACUGAGAACUGUGAACUGCAGAUCAGGAAUGUAGACACAGAAGAUGCUGGGAUUUACAUCUGCAACCAGCUCAACAAAUCUCAGGCCAGCGUGUCCUUCCUGUCCGUGGUGAUAAUUUUCACAGAAUCGAUCCCUGUUCUGACUGUGUUGAUGCUGGUGCUGCGUUCAGUGGAGCUGCUUAUGGCUUCUGUUGUCAUGGUGAUCCUGAUCAGAGGCUUAGAUAACCCAGAAACAGACUGCAACAUGACGGAUUACGCCGAGGAACAGAGGAAUGAGCUAGAGGCCAUUGAGUCCAUCUACCCGGACUCUUUUACAGUUCUUUCAGACAACCCCAUAAGCUUCACAAUCACAGUUACAUCUGAUGCAGGAGAAAACGGAGAAACGGUGGAGACCAUGCUCAAGUUCACGUAUGUGGAGAAUUAUCCAGACGAGGCACCGCUUUGGGAAAUUCAGUCACAGGAAAACUUAGAGGACAUUGACACGAAAGAGAUACUCGCACUACUACAACAACAGGCAGAAGAAAACCUGGGUAUGGUGAUGAUUUUCACGUUAGUCACAGCCGUUCAGGAAAAACUCAAUGAAAUCGUGGACGCUAUGAAAACCAGACGAGAAGAAGAGAAACGGAGGAUAGAGGAGGAGGCAGAGGAAGCGGAGAAGAAAGCCUUCCAAGGCACAGUGGUCACAAUAGAACAUUUUUUGUCCUGGAAAGCAAAGUUUGAGCUGGAAAUGACAGAAAUCAGGAAGAAAAGGCAGAAAGAAGAGGAGCAGACUGGAAAAAUUAAACUUACAGGCAAACAGCUCUUUGAGACGGACCACAACCUCGACACAUCAGACAUCCAGUUUCUUGAAGAUACUGGAAACAACGUGGAAGUAGAUGAAUCAUUAUUCCAGGAUAUGGAGGACUUGGAUUUGGAUGAAGAUGACCCAGACUUUGACCCUUUGGAGAUGGGGAGCGAUGAAGAUUGA